UAAUUUUUUGCCCACUACUCUGAGCGGUUUUCUGUGGACAACAACACAGACAGGCGACGCACUUGCCACGCGCUCACGAUCAUGCGUGUGCUGCACAUGUGCUGCCACGCGAUCAUGUGAUACCUGGCCAUGCGCACACGCGAGCACGCGUCACGUGCCAGUGUGACAGCUGGCGUGCAGCUUUGCGACUUGAGUCGACCAUCGCCUGUGCCCUUGGCAUGGACUUCAUUUUCACCGCGCUCUUCGCUCCAGCACAGCACAGUGUUCGGCAUUCUUCAUCGCCAGUUAGAUGAGCUCAGCCCACCACGAAACAACCGACUCGCUUGACUUCCUGGCUCCUCAGCGCGCAUCUCUCCCAUCGCACCAUGUCGCGCCCUUAUCCGUGCCCCCGGCUUGGCCCUGGCAAAUGCUGUAUCACCUUGUUCUGCCCCGAGUUCUGCAAGAUGACAGACAGGGAGCUGCUCCAGUGCUUACCAAAGGCACAAGCACACCUGCGAUUACGCUGUCAAAUACUCGCUUCCGAACUGGCGAAACGACCAACUGAUAAGGGCGCUGCAAAGAUGCUGUCGGUCUAUCGUCGACUGCAACAACUCUCGAUGGAUGCCAAUGGCCUGAAACUGCUGUUGCUCGAAGGAUUCUGUGUGUUUUGCUUAAGGUUGUUUCAAGACUGCAGUUGCCGCUACGCUUCAAACCCGCGUGUGCCACUGCCAUCAUGACGUUUGGCGACAAGCGACCCUUGCAUCAACUUUGGGAGACUGCUGUGCCUUUCCUGGCAAGGGUGCCUCUUACUUGCGGUGUCCACCCUAUCCAGUACCGUACCUUGGGGCUGUUCCCUUUUGUUGAUGCCCCUCCCUCAUGUCUACCUGCUCAACACACGUGCAUGCUUGCGUGUCUGGUGUCUCUGCGCAUCAAGUCCGUUUACAUGGAUUGGCACGAGCACCCGCUCACAUCACAUUGCACAUUGAAUAUCAAGUGAACCAAGUAAACGAAGUGCUUUCGUAUCC